ACACACUUAAUACAAAUUAAAGCUUAUAUUGAGCUUCUUAUUAUUCAUCUUACAACUUAUAAAAAUUAUAAUGAAUGUAAAGAUAGAAAAUAUCUGCAUGAAAUAAAUUUAGCAGAACAAGAAUGGGAUUUAUUAAAAAAUUUUAUACAAGUUCUUGGUCCAUUUGCAGAAGCUACUCAAUAUUUGGGUGACUUAUACUAUUUAACACAUAGUCUUAUGCAUCAUGUGAUUGAAAAAUUAAAAGAAAUGUUUGAACCAACAAUUAUUGAAAUGGAUGAAUUAAAUGACGAAAAUGAGGAAGAUGCAUUUGACUACGAAGAAGAAGAACAAACUGUUCAAGGCCAAAUUAAAUUAAAGAAUCCUAUUAAUACUAUGGAUUUAUUAAAUGAAGUCAAGAUAAAAAUUUAUACAACACUUUGUCACUAUUAUCCUAAUCUGACAUCUCAAGAAUUAGUAUCUGUUCUGUUAGAUCCUCAGCUUAAAUCUUUAGAUUUUGUUAAUAUUACAAACAGAUUAGCAGCUAAAGAUCUUCUUAAGAAUUUAUAUGAUAAUGAAAAAUUGUUAGACGGAUAUGAAGUUCUACAGUAUGUAUAA